CACAUUCUACAAAACUAUUUUUUACCGAUUAAGACUUGAAUUAUCAAUACGGCAGUGGUGAAAAGUUCAGAUGGAUUUAUCAAAUAUAUGCCGUGCCUGUUUGUCGCCGGAAGAUCGGGUGCAUCUGCUAGAUUGGUAUCAGCCUGUUGACUCUUUGGAUAUAUCAUACAAAGAGUGUUUUUGUAAAUGUACACAAAUUAAUUUAAGUUUGAAAGAUGAUCCAAAUGAACUCGAUGAUGCCCGGAUGCAAUAUCUAUGCCUUGAUUGUGCCCAAAAACUUAAAGACGUUUAUGAUUUUAUUGAAAAGGCGAGAAGGGCUGAUAAUGAAUUACGUUGCACACAAACGGAAAAAGUGAAGAUAGAAAGUAUAGCCAACACUUUUGAAUGGGUUCCAGUACAUGAAGAGCUAAUGGAAGUAACUAAGAUGCCAGAUACUGUAGAUAUGGAUCACGUAGAGGAUAUAAAAGUAUCACCAGAAUGGAAUGAACAUUUUAUGGAUGAUGAUGAAACGUCUGCAUCAAAUGAUAUCGAAUACGAAAUAAAUAUUGAUAAAAAACUUAGUACUGACACUACAACAACAACAAAGUUUCUAGUUUAAUCGGAUAAGGAUAUGCAGAGCGGCAAUAACUUAAAUGAAGCUGGGCUGGUCUUAUCGAAAAAAGUAAACAACUCAAUCUUGCUCAUACAAGAC